AUAUUCCUUUAAAUCAGGUUGUACUUCAUGAAGACAAGAAAUGUCAUCCAAGUGCUAAAGAAGUUUAUAGUCUUGAAGCUGAAACUUUGAUUCAAGAAGAAGACACUCAGCCCCUAUUAUAG